AUGGCAGGAUUACAAACUGAUCCAACCACUGCUCAGAAAAAGAAGGAGAUGAAGAGACAGAGAAACCAACUCUUCAGAUCAGCAGCCAAUAUAAUACGCUUUCAAGCGGGCGCCAACACCCCACCGACUUCACGGGACAAUCGGAACUGCGGCGGACACGCUCUGCUUCCACCCUCCGAAGUUGGGCGGCACGGGGCCGGGCCGCGGUGCCGAGGAGCUCCCCUGGGGCAGCCGCCCCGCUCCUCCCGCCGCGGCCCGGCCCGGCCCGGCGUCCCGCUCCCCAGCCCGACCCCGUUCCAGCGGCUGCACGGAGCGGCACAGAGAGGCGCCGGCACCCCCGCACCCCGCUCCCGAUCGGGACCCGACUGUCCCCUUGCCCGCAGGGAGCAGCCGGCGGGGAGUGACGGCCGCCCCUCCGAUCCGCCAGAUGUGACAGCGCCUUCUGCCCCGCUCCUCUCGCCUUUCCCCCUGCGAAGUUUGCGGCCGGCCUCCUGCCGCACGGGCAUGAAAACGUCCGGGAGCCGCUCGGGGAAAGGGGGCGAGGAGAAGGAAGGGAGUGGAAAUAAAACAACAGCUGCCACCCGUACAUCGGCAGCUCCGCCGCGGGACGCGCACGGCCGAGCACGGCCCGGCCCGGCCCGGCCCGGAGCGGGGACUGCCCCCGCCUCUCCCCGCACCCCACGUCCUCGGCUCCCGCGCUCCGUGACAGCCAUUUUGGGGGUUAGACACCUCGCUCCCCCCUGCCCUCCGCCUCCAAGUUAGGGAAGCGGGAAGGGGGCCGGGAGCGGGGCCGGAGAGCUGAGAGGCGAGAAGAAAGUGGCCCGGAGCAGAGCCAGGGGAACAAAGAACUUCUCGCCCAAGUAGAUGAAAUAUGGAAGGUUAAACUCCAAGCCUCCUGCC